UUGUAAAAUAAAAAUAAUACGGGGGGUUUGGUUGGUCCACUAGGCUACCUAAACUAAACUAAAAACCAAAACCCAAAACCAGCCUUGGGAUUCCCCCAUUACCAGCAGCGAAGUAAAGGUGAGUUUGAUUGAGUCAGUCCAACAAUAACUAAAAACCCGUGACUCAGCCCACUCUUGCUUUGCUUGGCCUAACCGCUAACCAAACCAAAGCUCUCUCAAUGGCUUCGGAGCAACACGACGCCGUUUUCCGCGAAGAAGACAUGGACGACGACGACGACGAGUCUCAGGAGGACGAAGAGUACGAAGAAGACGACGACGAAGAAAACGUGCCCUCUCCCUCCACCGCUCUCGCUGUCACCGUCGCCGUCCCCGGUUCCGCCGUCUCCAACGGCGGCGGUGGCUCUCCAAUUUCGAAGCCCACCGCCACCGCCACCACCGCCACCAUCGUCCUCGCCGACUCAUCCGAUCCGAAGCGGCGUCGCCUGGAGCUAAUCGAGGAGAAAAAGCCGCCGCCGCCGCUGGAUGACUCGCGGCGGCUGUUUCAGCGGCUGUGGACCGAUGAGGAUGAGAUCGAGCUCUUGCAAGGGUUCCUCGACUACACAUCGCAGCGAGGAUCCUCGCACCACAACGACACCGCUUUGUUCUACGACCAAAUCAAGUCGAAGCUCCAACUCGAUUUCAACAAGAAUCAGCUCGUGGAGAAGAUCCGAAGGCUGAAGAAGAAGUACCGGAACGUCCUCAACAAGAUUUGCUCCGGCAAGGAAUUCUCCUUCAAGAGCGCUCACGAUCAAGCCACCUUCGAAAUCUCGCGCAAGAUCUGGAGCAACGUGACUCCAGUCGGCGACAAUUCAUUGGACGACGACGAAAUCAACCCUAGCCGUAGCCCCAACCCUAACCUUAAUUUUAGCCCUGUAAUUCUUAAGAAUGAAACGAUUUUCAGGAAUUCCACGGAGAAGAAAACACCGAAACGCUCUCGGCCUCGAUCGGCGGUGAAAAUCGAGCCAAAUGACGGAUCCGCGUCGAACAGAGAUCAUAAUUGUAUUAGCAAUACUACACCUACUGCUACUGCUGCUGCUACUAACACUACUGCUGCUGCUGCUGGUACUAACAAUAAUAACUGUAACAGUGGUUAUGGAAAUAACAUACCGAGUUUGAUUGAGGAGACGGUGAAGAGUUGUUUGUCGCCGGUGUUGAAGGAAUUGAUGGCAGGGGCCAUGGGAGGAGGAGCGUUUGGAGGGAGAGGGUUUUCGUUGAACUUGAACCCUAUGCCUUUUAUGAAUUUGAGUUUUGGCGGUGGGGAAAUGGUGGAUGAGAAAUGGAGGAAGCAACAGAUAUUGGAGUUGGAAGUGUAUUCGAAGCGGUUGGAACUGGUGCAGGAUCAGAUCAAGGCAGCUAUGGAGGAGUUGCGGUCACAUGGAGGAGGAGGAUUAUAGUUUGUUUUUGGUUUUGUAGCGAGUGAUUGGAGUUCUUCUUGCUCUUCGUGUUCACUUCAUCAUACGGAUUUGCUUGGUAAUUUAUCCAUCAAUGGUUGGUUCAUACUCAUAGCUUAGAAGUUAGCUAGUAGUAGUAACUUGUAAGUGGUAACUAGUGUUUUUCUUUUCGGUUUUAGCUUUCGCUGAUUCGGUAGAGCACUUGUCCAUUAAAAUAAAAAUGUUUUAUUUUAUAUUUUAGCCGUUUUUAUGUUCCUUUAAAUUUCAAUGGUCUCAUACAUGUACAGAACAGAUUGAAAUAAUUGGUGCGGAGUGAUGGCUUUGUACCAUUAUAUAUAUGUUGUAAAAGAUGCGAAAGUAGUGGGUUCUCAAUUGUGCAACGUUCUUCCUGAGCACUUUGUUCUUAAAA